GGCGCGCGGGCUGAGCGUCCGGGGUGGGGUUGCCAUGGCGGCGCCGUCCUCUCCCUACGUGCAGGCCAUGCAGGAGCUCUUCCGCGCUAACACGCGCAGUCGCGAGUUCCCGGCCCACGGCGCCAAGGUCCACUCGGUGGCCUGGAGCUGCUGCGGCCGCCGCCUCGCCUCCGGCUCCUUCGACAAGACCGCCAGCGUCUUCGUGCUCGACAAAGACCGCCUGGUGAAGGAGAGUAAUUACCGUGGCCAUGGAGAUAGUGUGGAUCAGUUGUGCUGGCACCCCAGUAACCCUGACUUAUUUGUCACGGCAUCUGGAGAUAAAACCAUUCGUAUCUGGGAUGUCCGCACCACUAAGUGCAUUGCCACAGUGAACACCAAAGGGGAGAACAUUAACAUCUGCUGGAGCCCCGAUGGUCAGACUAUUGCAGUAGGGAACAAAGAUGAUGUUGUCACCUUCAUUGAUGCUAAGACUCACCGAUCCAAAGCAGAAGAACAGUUCAAAUUUGAGGUGAAUGAGAUCUCUUGGAACAAUGACAACAACAUGUUUUUCCUCACCAAUGGCAACGGUUGCAUCAAUAUCCUCAGCUACCCAGAAUUGAAACCUAUUCAGUCGAUUAAUGCCCACCCCUCAAACUGUAUCUGUAUCAAAUUUGAUCCAACGGGCAAAUAUUUUGCUACGGGAAGUGCUGAUGCACUGGUUAGCCUCUGGGAUGUGGACGAGCUGGUGUGUGUGCGAUGCUUCUCUAGGCUUGAUUGGCCUGUGAGGACAUUGAGCUUCAGCCAUGAUGGAAAAAUGCUGGCAUCAGCUUCUGAAGAUCAUUUCAUUGAUAUUGCUGAAGUAGAAACAGGGGAGAAGCUCUGGGAAGUGCAGUGUGAGUCUCCCACCUUCACUGUAGCCUGGCAUCCCAAGCGCCCACUGCUGGCUUUUGCCUGUGACGACAAAGAUGGGAAAUACGACAGUAGCAGGGAAGCUGGCACUGUGAAGCUCUUUGGUCUCCCCAAUGACUCCUAACAGGAGCUUCCUGCAGAUGCUUGUACUGAUGACUUGGGAUUCUGAGCAGGAUGUUCACAAACUACACUUGCUUUGUUCUGUAAGGGGUUUAUUGCCUUUUCUAGAGGAAGAACAGUACAAGGGCUUGGGGUUUUCUUGCCCAAUAGGCCUUAUUUUUGAAGCUUUUGUAUAUUGCCCAACUGGAAGGAACAAAAGCUGGCUGGCUAAAUCCCCAUUCACUGUCUAGGAAAGUUGUUGUUUCAAAACACAGGGGAUGCAGCUGCUGAUGUAUUGGUAUAUUUGUAUGCUGUAUCUUCCAUUGGGAAUCCAGUCCCCGUCUUCUAGUUACUCAGGGAGUUAGCAGGCAAAAACCUGAAAAUCUGGGUUACUGUGUCAUUGUCAUCCCCUUGUGUCUGUCUUGGAAUACGGAAAGAUAAGAGUUAAGUAGGCUUCCUGCAGCUACAUUUAGAAACGAUCCCUUUUCUCCUUGAAAGGAUGAUUAACUCAUCCAUUUGAAGACCAUGUGUGAGUCAGUUAUAUUCCUCUUGCACCUUGGGACAGUGGACAGAGCUGGGAUGGGAAAUGGGAAUAUUUUUAUAUGAGCCUGUUUUUUGUGUCUUUGAUAACCUUGUUCAGAUUAAUAAAUAGAGAACUUUAGUGUACUGUAGUUUUAAAAGUGCAAUGCACUGAACUUAUCAUUAAAAGGACAGAAAAUAAUGUCACUCUUAAGAAUA